AUGAUUCUCCUGUCCCCUUUGAAGUAUGGUACUCUCUCUUCCAACUCGCCGAUCACAAUUAUUUCUUUACAGGUGACCUUAAUGCCCACCACCCUGCCUGGGGCUCCAUUACACCCACCAGACGGGGUAACUUAAUUUACGACGCGUUAAUCUCUUUUAAUCUUAAUAAACUUAAUAAUGGCUCACCUACGCAUGUAGGCAUACCCAACUCUACCAAUUUGUGUAUUUAUUUAUCUUUAACCACUCCAAAUUUAUUCUGGCUCUCAACCUGGCGCAUGACCCCAACGGUAGUGAUCAUUUACCUAUCAUUAUAUUUAUCAAUCCUACAAAUCCCUACUUCUCAUCAAAUAAUAGAUCCACCUCACACUGUGAUAUCUCCUCCAACUUUAAAGUUAACCACAAUAAAGUUGAUUGGUCCCUUUUUUCUCAACUCAUCAACUCCUCUAUCCCUUCUCUCAACUCUUACGCAUGUCCAAUUAAAGAUAAUGAACAGUUUACUCAUAUGAUCUUAGACAUUUCUAAGAAAACUAUUUAUUCCUAUCAAACACAAUAACCUUAACAAUUUCCCUCCCUCUCCCCCGUGGUGAAACUCCUCUUGCUCCAAAGCUGUUUCCAACCGCAAAUCCUUAUAUAACGCAUUUAUCCGUUUAGGAUUCAUUCAAGAUUAUCUUACCCAUCGUAAUGCCAACGCUGCAACCACACAUCUUAAAAGAAUCUAAAAGGCAAGCUUGGAAACAAGUUUGUAUGAAUCUCAACCCUUCAUCAUCCAUUCAAUCUACCUGGAACACUGCUAAACGCUUUCGUAAUAGCAUUCUAACUCACUCUCGCCCUCACAAUGACAGUUGGUUUGAUAAUUUCUGCUGUAAAGAAGUACCAUGUUACGUCCCUUCGUUAUCCGAAGCCUUUCAUUAA